UCAUAUUGUGAAAAAAAUAAUGAAUUUCAUGAAAAGAGAAACUAUUGUAAUUUUUUUGAUAUUAUUAAAUUUACUGACUCAUGUAAUCGGGGACUUACAGAGAGAGGUUGCCACUGGCAAUGAAAAUUCAAAUGAAAAACUUUUACAUAUAUCAAAAAGUAAAGAACCUGAAAAUGUUCAGGAAAUUUCUACUAUUACCUACAAUCCUACUGAGCAAUCUGCUAACCAGAAAGCACAUCUAUUCCAACACACUCAAACUAACAGUGGUAAGGAAAAGUUGCAAGAUGGCACAACAAUAACAAAAACAGCAACAACUGCAACAGCAGCAGCAACGACAACUGCAGCAACAACAAUUACGACAAAAACGACAACAAUUACAACAGCAGGAACAACAACAACUACUAUAACCACAACAACAAUUCCAACACUUAAAGAAGAAAAUUUAUAUAGUACACCUUUGCCUCUGUUAAAAAAUACAGAAAUCAAAAAUGUACAAGAUAUCUCUGUUGCUAAUAAAAACUUUCUAGACCAAUCCGCAAAUAGUAACUAUCAUCCUACUGCUCACGCACAGUAUAAUAGUGCAGAGAAGAAGGAGAAGAAUGAUGCUGUUAUCAUAACGAAUAGAGAUGAAAGUCUAUAUAGUAAACCCUUACCUUUGCUAAAUAAUGUGGAACGAAAAAAUAUUCACGAAGUCACAGUUGUUAAUAAUAGUACUAUAGAGAAACUUCAAGGAAAAAAAUCACAUCAAUCCCCAGCUCCACAAUAUCAAGAACCGAAUAAUGAUGAUAAAGCAACGAAAGAGAAACUUCAAGGAAAAAAAUCACAUCAAUCCCCAGCUCCACAAUAUCAAGAACCGAAUAAUGAUGAUAAAGCAACGAAAGAGAAACUUCAAGGAAAAAAAUCACAUCAAUCCCCAGCUCCACAAUAUCAAGAACCGAAUAAUGAUGAUAAAGCAACGAAAGAGAAACUUCAAGGAAAAAAAUCACAUCAAUCUCCAGCUCCACAAUAUCAAGAACCGAAUAAUGAUGAUAAAGCAACGAAAGAGAAACCACAAGGAAAAAAAUCACAUCAAUCCCCAGCUCCACAAUAUCAAGAACCGAAUAAUGAUGAUAACGCAACGAAAGGUACGGAUUUCAAAAAUAUUCCGGAAGUUUCUGUUACAAUUAAUUCUACUGAAAUAGAAAAAGUGUCUACUACAGAAUCUCCACACUAUGAGAGUGACGAGGAUUACGAAGUAGAACCAUACGAUUCAUCAGAAUGCGUUAAUUGUUGCAAUAAAGGCGAGUCCCCGUGUACUGAUUGUUGCGAUGUUACUCCAUAUCUAAGUACAUUUGUAUUAAAAUCUUCAGGGGGCUAGUUUUAUAUUAAUAUAACUAAUAUAUAAUAUCAA